AAUGUAACUGAAAUGUCAGUUAGCGACUUCCGUCCAUUUUAGCAACAGACUCUUUCGAUGGGUAACUAUUAAGCGAGAGUAGGAGUUGACGAAUAUUUUUACAUAUUUAAAGAAUUUAGGUGAUGAACGUAAUAAGAAAUACGGAAGAAGCUAGUUCGGCGCGAGACGUUAACAGAAACGCUUACUAGCUAGUUACGCUAUACUGCUGGUCGUUUUCUACUGAAAUUAGGAGAGCAUGAGCCAUAAAGGUAGUUUGUUUGCAAGAGUCGCUACAAAGAGCAGAAAGAUGGAUAACAAGGGAGGACUGGAGGCCGCAGGAAAGCUGUCUCGCGGACUAGAGACGGGUCAUGCUGGAACAAACGGACAUCCUCUGGUCGACGUGUCGAGCGACUCCAGUGAUGAAGAGUUUGAAAAGUUUGUCGUGCACACAUUCACACCCAAAACAAAAGUGACAUCACGGAAGCCUCUCAGUGCCGCAAAGACAGACAACACACAUAUUCUGGUGGAGAGCUCAGAAGAUGAAGAUGACUUUGAGAGGUUUUUGGAUCAAAUGAGAACCCCCGUUACCAAUCCUAAAACAAAACCAGGAAGUGGAAGUGAAGACAGCCUUAAAAACUUCAUAGUGGAUGAGCUCUCGUCUGACGAUGACUUCACUGAGCCUAAACCAUCCUUUAGAGUUCCAAAAACAAGACCUACUCCAGCGACCCGUCAUCCGUUCAGGAAACCGCUGACUGAGUUUAACUCGCCGGUUUUUGUUAGCGACAGUGAGGAUGAGGAUGAUGUCAUCAUCAGGAGCUCCUGGAAGACGCGUCAUGCAAAGCCCAAACCUCAUCUAAAGACCAAGAAGCUUGCAGAUGACAAGAAUGGAGAGCAGGACAGUUCACCGUCACCACCUGUACCCCUCAGGCAGUUUCUUUUUGAUCUUCCUUGCAGCAAAGCAGAGACGCCAUCUGUGUCGCCCAGUCCCACACUUUCAGCACCUUCUAGGCUGGAUGAGUCCAGUAGCUCAGGGGAGGAGUUUGCGUCCCUCCUGGAGAGGCUCAAAAAGAAACACAAGCUCACCGGAAGCUCCUUCUCACCUAGAACCAGUGAAGUGGAGUCUGAUAAAGAGAACGCCGUCUCCGCACCUGCUACGAAGCCAUUCAUCACACCCACCUUUAAAACACCAAAGGGACAGCCUCAACCUGCGGAGACAAAGGGACAGUCCUCCAUCGUGAAGCCCAAAGUCAGCCAGACGGAACCCAGACAUGGCUCCAUGAGCAGACUGGUGUUGUGCAAGACUCCGGGCUGUUUCCUACAGUCUCUCACAAACCCUGGUUCCACCUACGGCGCCGCCUUCAAGACCAACAAAGAAGAACUAACCUCUAAACUCUACCGGAUGUACAAUACCAGCGUCUUUGAUAAUAAGCUUCCAACCAACAUGUCUGUGACCUGGAAUAAGAAGAUGCGGAAAACAGCCGGCCACUGUAUCACGGGCCAGGAAAAGAAUGGAGGGAGCCGCUAUGCCCGUAUUGAGCUGUCGGUGAAAGUCUGUGAUUCUGCAGAUCGUCUCCGAGACACGCUGAUCCAUGAGAUGUGUCAUGCUGCCACAUGGCUGAUAAACGGGAUCAGAGACGGACACGGAAACCUCUGGAAGUGUUACGCCCGUAAAGCCACGCAGGUGCACCCGGAGCUGCCGAUGGUCACACGCUGCCAUAGUUAUGACAUCAAAUACAAAUUCCAGUAUCAGUGCACCCGCUGCCAGAAUACGAUCGGUCGUCAUUCCAAGUCCCUGGACACUCAGAGGUUUGUGUGUGCCCUCUGCACGGGUCAACUCACCCUACUGACGCCCUCCAAGCCACGUGCUCCCACGCCUUUUGCUGACUUUGUCAAACAAAACUAUGGAGGCGUGCGUCAGGAGCUGUCUGGACAGAGCCACGCCGAGGUGAUGAGAAAACUGAGCGCUGAUUUUGCAAAGACCAAAAUUAGUGAAAGCUAGCCUCUAACCACAAAGAUGCACCACAUUCAACAAGUCUCACACUUCUGAGCUAAUAAUUAAAUAAACUUCAUUUUUAAUGACUUUAA